AACAAAAGGAAAAGUCUUUUUGCAGGCGUUUUGCGGACGAAGUCGCGCACCAUUGCUGACGUGGCUAAAUGAAACGCAGCGUUUUGUCCGGAGCGGGAAAGAAUUUUGAGUGGAAAUGAAUAUCGAUCCUCUCUCUCCAUUCUGUUCUCUUCCCCCUCUCUUCCCAUUCUCCGAGAAACACUUCUCCCCUCCCGUCCGGUUUGCUUUCCCCCUCUCUCUCCAUUCUGUUCUCUUCCCCCUCUCUUCCCAUUCUCCGAGAAACACUUCUCCCCUCCCUUCUGGUCUCCUCUCCCGAUUUCACAGUCACUACUGCCGCGUAGUGCAUCUCGGAGCAGUAGUUAUCCCUAUAUUUGGGUUCCGAAGCCUAACCCAAAAUGAAAUCGGGAGGUGCGGAGACUUGAGUUUCGUUGCUGCUCCUUCGUGAUUUGGGUUCCGAACCCUAACCCUAACCCAAAAAGAAAUCGGGAGGUGCGGAGACUUGAGUUUCGCUGCUGCUCCUUCGUGAUUUGGGUUCCGAACCCUAACCCUAACCCAAAAAGAAAUCGGGAGGUGCGGAGACUUGAGUUGGUCUGCUGUUUCUUCGUGAUUUGGGUUCCGAACCCUAACCCAAAAUGCCAUACAGUUAUCGUGAUUUAGAAGCUGCUGCUUCGUGAUUUAUCGUGCUUGACAGGUUCACUCUCUCUCUCUCUCUCUGUUAGAGCAGUUGUUUCAUUAAAUUUAGAAGCUACUCUGUGGUUGCUAUAUAAUCUGUAUAGAAGCAUGUAUGUGUGGGAAUUAGUUGAAUAAAAGACUGAUAGAAGCACGUAAUGCAAGGGUUGUUUCCUACAGCUUGUUUCCAUUAAUUUGAGUUGGAGAUCAUGAUAAUAAUGCUUUCACUAUGAGACUAGAUCGUGGAAUAAAAGAUUGAUAGAGGUAUUAAAAAUUAGAUAAUGAACGAUAAAGCUAUUGUACAGUCUUGACUCUUGGCUGCCAAGAUUCUUACUUCUAAAACUUUCGGGCAGAUCUGCAAGCUGUACGGCUGAAAGCCCUUUUUCCUUGUUUAGGAUUGGAAAGUCCCUAUUUUUUUUUCAUUUAUUUCUGUUCCUUUCCCACGUUUUAUAUUCUUAUAAGUGGUUGGAUUGAUAAUCAGAGUACUGCCAUCGAUGUAGGUCAUUGGUGGACAACUGGGCCAACAUUCACAUGGAACUUGUGUGUGUGUGUGUGUAUUAAUUUCAUUUUUCUUCAAAUUAACUAAAGAUUUAGAUCAGUUUUUGCCAAUGUUUUUUUCUCUUUGCUGUCAUGCAGAUGCGGUUCCUUAAUUCAAUUGUUGAUUCAGUUAAAUAUUCUUGAAAACUCAUCUUGUUUUCAAGCCGAGUAGUUAAUACUGGUCAAUUGCUUUGAAAAUAUAUGAGAAAUGAAGCUUUAAAAACCAUAAAGUAGAAAGUGGAGUAGCAUUUGUAAGAUUUUAGUUUUUUUCGUUCUUGAAAAUUUUAUUGUUUCAUGGGAAGCACAGUGAAAUAAUCCCAAUCAAAUUGGUAAAUAGCAUUCUCAAAUCUGGGAGAAUAACCAAUGCUUCUCAAACUGUUUGGUCCUAAGUCCUGGAAUCUGAAUAACCAAUGCCUUUUAUAUUCUAGUCAUAAAAUUCUUCACCAACUAUGUUAGUUAAAUGGCAUUUUGGUGAUUGGGUAACCAUAAAGGCAUUGGAGCCAUGACUAGUUACAAUAAUAUUACUUUUCCAUUUAUGUAAAUAUUGUUUAGAUAAUUCUAUAACCACAGAAUGACUAGUUUGAAGUGUUUAUUGGAACCCUGUGUAUUUUUGAGAUUUGUUAUCUAUUUUUACUUAUUGAUACAAUUAUCUUCGGGGUUGAUUGAGGUGGAGGGCAGAUCCAUUGGGUUGUGCCCAGAUUUGUUCCAACUAUGAAGAUUAAAGCUAAAUAGAAAUAAAUAGUUAACUUGUUGUAACUGCAUGCAUUAUCUUGUUUCCAAUAAUAGUUCACUAACUUAGAACAUGCACUCCAACACUCCACCUCUCUUCUCUAAAAAAAUGAUUCUAAAGUAUAACAGACCAUAGUGAAUGAAAACACUUAUUUGGAAGCAACAGUAUACUCCCACCUCGCACUGGGAACAUGUUUGAACCAGAAAAGGUCUCAUCGUCAGCUUCUUCAUCUGAACUUACUAUUCAUUCUCUGAGAAAGAACCCAAUGUGCACUUGUGGGUCACCUGCUUCACUUAGAACAUCAAAUACACCAAGGAACCCAGGUCGAGCAUUCUUUGGAUGUUCAAAGUACAAUAAGAAGGGGUUACCCCACUGCGACUAUUUCAAAUGGGCAGAUAGUGAUCAGGCAAGCGAAAAUGAACUGAUGAACAUAUUUGGUGAGAUGUGUCGGAAGGAAGAAGAGCUUAGGAAAGUGCAGGUAGAGCUUCGAAAAUUUGAGGAAGAGGUUCGAAAAAGAGAGGAAGAAGUCCGGAAAAGAGAGGAAGAAGUUCGAACUUGGAUGGAAGAGGCUCGAACUUGGAUGGAAGAGGUACGAAAAAUACAUGGUGAAAUUGUCAAGCGGGACUCGGGAGUCCGGUGUGAACGUCCUCAUCUGCGUAUCUAUUGGGCGAUCCCUAUCUUACUUUAUUUAUACUUGACUCGAUCACAGUGACUUAUUGGCCGGCAGCUGAUUGUAUAAAUCUGGAAUUUAGAAGUACUUUGUUAUGUUUAGGUCCUUUUGGAACAUGUGGGACAACAAUUUUGAUUAAAAGCCUAUGAUUGUAUAUAUUGACAAUGUUCGGUUUAGGCUUUGGAAUUGCAACCGGCCAGUUUUAAUGUUUAUUAGUACUAUAACUGAUA